GUUUCAGUGGUAGGAGACAGUCAUGCUUAGACGUUCUCUUUUCACACUGUUUCAAAUCAACACGCGUCCAAGUUGCUCAAGAACUUCAUUUCCUAAAUAUUUGAUUUCGAGUUCAAAUGGCUUACGACGAUUUCACUCUGCAAAACUAUUAUGUUCUGUGGAAGAAGUCCGUCGAGAGGAGGAUUUCGAGCAACGAGUUAUCAAUAAUCGACGUCUAUUGCGAAAAAGGCGCCAAGUGUCCUCCGCACUUGCGAAAAACCUGAGAAAACCUGAAGUAGUGGCCAUGGCCCUAUCUGAGUCGCUUGACCUCGAUGGCAUUUUAACUGACCCAUCAAUCACUAACAUGUUUACGGCUUCUUACAUUGAUGAAGAAUUCGAUGAUACAAUUCAUUUGGUAAAGAAGCUAGAGUACUCCAUAAAUCCUGCUCAGAUCAAUGAGAUUUUCGUCUUUCAAGACGGUGUGGUGGUGUUUUGGAAUAUCGAUCAUGCCCAGAGAGCGCACACUAUACGUGAUCUAGAAAGAUAUAUGGAUGGGGAGUACGAGUCAUCAAUCACUAUGGAAGAGCAAGACACCAUGCCCUAUACACUAGCGGAGAAUGAAGAGACUAACGUAAAACAUGACUGCUUUGUUCUCAAUGCUGAGAAACAUGGUGUUGGCCAUAGGAGUUACGACAACGUUCUUGAAAGGUUUUCGCUAAGUCAGGCAUUUGCAGCAUCAGUAAAAGUAGGAGUAUGGGAGACUUUGUUGAACAAUCUCGCCGAGCCACUUUCGGAAACAACCAAGGCACUCAAACAGGGUGUAGUGCCUUGGAGUAGGAAAGAAGCUUUGAAGAAAUCGGGUGAAUUUGCGGCAAUGCGGCACUCAAUAAAUCUCGAUUGCACCUUGCUCAAUCGUGAUUUCUACUGGGAUCAUUCUCAAGUAGAGAAAUUUUAUCUAAUGUCCGCUAGACAUUUUAUUCUCAACAGGCGGAUAAGCGGGUUGAACAGACGGUUGGAUUAUUGCGAGGAGUUAGUGAAGAUGGUUGACAACAUAUUGGCUUUGCGACAUGCUUCCACUUUGGAAUGGAUGAUCAUCGUGCUCAUUGUAAUUGAAUUGAAGAUGCUACAUCAUCGUCUAGCAACACUUCUAAUUGAAUUAUAG